UUUUGCUAAAAAAUAAUUUUUUUUUAACAAAAACCUGAGAUAACCUCAUAAUAUUUUCUAAAAGACAACUCUAAACUUAACGACGAUAAAAACGCUACAAACCUCCUUUUUUUUAAACAAAAAAAAAUUAAAUUUUCCGUUCUUCUUUUGUAAUUCAGUUUUUCUGAGAGAAAAAAGAGUCCAAAAGUCUUAACUUGAAAAAUUAAAAAAAAAAUAAUUACUUAAAUUAUAAUUAUAAACAAUUUCUACUAUACGAAUUAUAUACUUAACAACUUACCUAUCUAUAUAUAGAGAGAAAACAAGAGACAGCAAUUCUUUAAACAAAAGUCCAAUUUUUUCCGGUGUAUUUGUAUAGAAUUCUAUUUUGAGAAAAAAAGAAAAAAAAAAACAAUAACAACAAAUAAGUUUGUAAAAGUUUACAUUUUUAUUACAACAAAAAGAAAAACAACACACACAUUUUUUAUUUGUUUAUAAUUAUUGUAAUUAUUAUUAUUAUAUAAGAGAGCAAAUUGUAUUUUGAUAUUAAUGAGCAACAUGCGUCAAAAGGAUUUACGCCCCGCACCAGCUCUUAUUGAGUUCAAGGGAAUGAAGUUCCUAAUCACUGAUCGGCCAUCAGAUGUUACCAUACAUCAUUAUAUUAUGGAAUUAAAGAAAAACAAUGUGAAUACUGUGGUUCGCGUCUGCGAGCCCAGCUACAACACCGACGAAUUGGAAGCACAAGGCAUCACCGUUAAAGAUUUAGCAUUCGAAGAUGGUACCUUCCCGCCGCAGAAUGUUGUUGACGAAUGGUUUGAGAUUUUGAAACAAAAUUUUUGUAAGAAAUCCUCCUCCUCUCGUGCAUCCUUUUUGCGCAACAAACGUUUUUCCCUGCGACAUUCGUUUCGAUUCCAUAAAACAGCCGAUAAUACCAAUAACAACACCACAACCGACACCAACACCACCACCACUACCAUCACCACCAAUACCAAUACCAAGAAUUCCUCCUCUAAUACGACAUCAACAACAACCAGUCCGACAUCGACAACAACCUACAACACAAUUAAUAAUAUGCAAUAUCAAAAUUUAAAUAAUACCCUAAUUAACGAUGAUAGAGAUACGGCCACUGGUAGGAGAUAUCAACAGAAUCCUGAAGCUUGUGUUGCUGUGCACUGUGUCGCUGGUCUCGGCCGUGCACCCGUCUUGGUGGCAUUGGCACUCAUCGAAUUGGGUCUGAAAUAUGAGGCAGCUGUAGAAAUGAUAAGGGACAAGCGACGAGGAGCCAUCAAUGCCAAACAGUUAUCGUAUUUGGAACGCUACAAGCCCAAGGCAAGGCUAAAGCACAAAAAUGGCCAUAAAAAUUCAUGUUGCGUGCAAUAGAUUUCCAAAAUAAUAAGAAAAGAAAAAAAAAACAAAUAAUAAAACAAAAUAACCAUAUAUUAAAAAAAAUAAAUUCCCACCAGUUGAAAAGUGUUCAUUUUUUUAAUUUAAAACAAAAAAACAACUACAACCACAACAACAACAAGAAGAAGAGAAAAACAAUUUGAAAAGACUACUCCACUGAUGCUGCUGCGAAUAUCCCAUGGCUGGCUGGCUGGCUGGCAACCAGGAAAAAAAAGCUACACCACAACGGCAAUAAUUGAACAACACUUGAAGCAGGCAACAGGAAGAUUGAACCACAACAAUAACAAAAACAGACAAUUGAAGCCACAUUCUCUCUCUCCGUCUACCCCCACAUCUUCCCCUUAACACAAGGAUAUUGAAAUUGAUGAUGUUAACUAGCUAAGCAAACUUGCUGCUGCUGCUGUUCUCAACACGGCGGCAAUGGAUAUGAUGAUUGCAGCAAUUUAGAACUGUAAUAUGACCAUGUGAAUGAUUGGAAAACCCAUAGACUUCUUGUUCGUCCCCCAGAGCCCCCAUUCUCCUUCUCUCUUCUCUUCAGCUAAAAUUUACAAAUCGACAACAAGUUUUGAUAUAUGCGUCCAAGAAAAACAAUUGGCAUUUGUUAGUUUGGUUUUCGUUUCCCAACAAUCAACAUAAUUCUCCAAAACUUCCCCCCGCUCUCCCCCAACUGACCUUUGAAAAUGAAUGACUACUUUAUAAAAGGACAACAGCAUUAAAGGCAAUAUACGUAAACAAAGAAAAAAACAGAAAACAAAUUUUUUUUAAAACAUUUCGCCGUAGUUCUAUUUUUGUUUUGUUUUGAAACUUUUCUAACCGGGAUCCCCCCAAUUUUUUGUAUCGAGAAACAGCUCCAAAUCCCCACCAUGUCUGUCUGUCCACACUCAUCUCAGCUGACAGUGGGACAAAAAAAGAAAUAAAAAAACACAA